UGGAGAGCUUUAGGCCUGCGCGCGCAGCGCCCCUUGGUUACUAAGGGCGGGAGCCCGUCUAGGGCGCCGGCGGCUAGUGCUGGCUCAGGCCGAAGUCGACGCCUGACGGCGCUCGCCAUGCCGAACCGCAGGGCCAGCCGCAAUGCCUACUAUUUCUUCGUGCAGGAGAAGAUCCCCGAGCUACGGCGGCGAGGCCUACCCGUGGCUCGCGUGGCAGACGCCAUUCCUCACUGCUCGGCAGACUGGGCGCUCCUGCGGGAGGAGGACAAGGAGAAGUACGCAGAAAUGGCUCGAGAGUGGAGGGCCGCCCAGGGAAAGGACUCUGGGCCUUCAGAGAAGCAGAAACCUGUUUCUACACCACUGAGGAGGCCAGGCAUGCUUGUACCAAAGCAGAAUGUUUCACCCCCAGAUAUGUCAAGUUUGUCUUUAAAAAAUGAUCAAGCUCUCCUUGGAGGCAUUUUUUAUUUUUUGAACAUUUUUAGCCAUGGCGAGCUACCUCCUCAUUGUGAACAGCGCUUCCUCCCUUGUGAAAUUGGCUGUGUUAAAUAUUCUCUCCAAGAAGGAAUUAUGGCAGAUUUCCACAGUUUUAUAAAUCCUGGUGAAAUUCCACGAGGAUUUCGGUUUCACUGUCAGGCUGCAAGCGAUUCUAGUCACAAGAUUCCUAUCUCACACUUUGAAUCUGGGCAUGACCAUGCAACUGUGUUACAAAACCUUUAUAGGUUUGUUCAUCCAAAACCAGGGCACUGGCCACCUAUCUACUGCAAGUCUGAUGAUAGAGCCAGAGUCAACUGGUGUUUGAAGCACAUGGCGAAGGCAUCAGAAAUCAGGCAAGAUCUUGAACUUCUCACUGUAGAGGACCUUGUAGUCGGGAUCUACCAGCAAAAAUUUCUGAAGGAGCCCUCUAAAACCUGGGUUCGAAGCCUCCUAGAUGUGUCCAUGUGGGAUUACUCUAGCAACACAAGGUGCAAGUGGCACGAAGAAAAUGACAUUCUCUUCUGUGCUUUAGCAGUUUGCAAGAAGAUUGCAUACUGCAUCAGUAAUUCUCUGGCCACUCUCUUUGGGAUACAGCUCACAGAAGCUCAUGUACCACUACAAGAUUAUGAGGCCAGCAACAGUGUGACGCCCAAAAUGGUAGUCCUGGAUGCAGGACGUUACCAGAAACUGAGGGUUGAGAGGCCAGGGUUCUGUCAUUUCAGUUCUUCUAAUCAGGAACAAAGAUCAGACACACCUGCUGGUGACUACCCAUCUGGGGUGAAACUUGCUGGCCAGAGUGGCGGCGUCCGGGGGCGAGGGAUCACACGCUUACUUGAGAGCAUCUCCAGCUCCUCCAGCAGAGGCCACAGGCUCUCCAGCUGCGAGGCCCCUCCCUCUCCUUACGUGGCACAGAAGGAUGGGUAUAAAUCCUUCUCUUCCUUAUCCUAAUGACGGCACUUCCUCAGUUUCUGGGAAGAUAACAUGCCCACCUUCCCUUCUGACUACAGCCAUAUUAAAAGCACAUCAAUGAUAAAUGUCACUAACGUGGAAACUCCUUCAUUUGUAAGGAAAUCCUGUUUCAUAGAGUAAAAAUAAUUGUGGUUGGCGAAGAUCGUGACAUUUUGUUUUUUUAUUUUCCUUGAGUGAUUUUUCUACUUCCUGACUGUAUGAUGGGUAUGGCAUUAAAGUUUUGAAUAUUUUAAGGA